AUUACGGUAACUCCGCUAGUGGGCGCGGCCUCGCUCUGAUUGGCCGAACCCGCCCGCCGCGCGCUACCCGGGCGCUGAUUGGCCGAGACAUUCCCGCGCUAGGCGCUGAUUGGACAGCGGCUCCGUGAGGGAGGAGAAGGAGGAGGAAGAAGCAGGAGCGGCCAUGGCGGCGAUGGCGGCCCUGGAGCGCUGGGUGUCCGGGCAGCUGCAGGAGCUGCUGGGCCUCAGCGGCCGCCAUGUCCCCGCGUUCCUGGUGGCGCUGGCGCGGCGCAGCCGGAGCCUGGAGGAGCUGCUGGAGCGGCUGCGCGAGACCGAGGCCCUGCGCGUGGAGGAGCCGCGCGUGCGCGAGUUCGCGCGCCAGCUGUGGGACAAGGUGCCCCGGGAAGCCCCCCGGGAGCCCCCCGGGCGCGCGGCCGAGCGGGCGGCGCUGGAGCUGCAGCGCCAGAACCGCGGCUACCGAUUGGUGGAGAGCGACGAGGAGGAGGGGCCGGGCCCCGCCCAGGACCACGCCCAGGACCGGCCACGCCCCCGGCGGCGACACCUGAGGCGACGUCACCGCUCCGAGUCCCCCCCCGAGGCCCCCGCGGAGGCGCCGGCGUCCCCGCCGGCCCCCGAGCCCCCCGAGGAGCCCGAGGAGGAGUGGGAGGCGUCGGAGCGGGAGCGGCUGCGGGACCUGCGCGAGCGCGACGCCUUCGCCGAGCGCCUGCGGCGGCGCGACCGCGAGCGCGACCGGGGGGCGCGGGGGGACUCCAAGGCCUACGAGGAAGCGCAGAAGCGCCUGAAGAUGGCCGAGGAGGAGCAGAAAGCCAUGAUCCCCGAGCUGCGCAAGCGCUCCCGCCGCGAGUACCUGGCCAAGCGCGAGCGGGAGAAGCUGGAGGAGCUGGAGCAGGAGAUCCAGGACGAGGAGCUGCUCUUCGGGGAGGAGGCGCUGACGGCCCCGGAGCGGCGCGAGCUGCGCUACAAGCGGCGCCUGCGCGACCUCGCCCGCGACUACAAACGGGCCGGGGCCCGCGAGGAGCUGGAGAGGAGCAGCCGCUACCACAUCCCCGAGGAGACCAGGGACAAGAAGAUCCCGGAGCAGGAGGAGGCGCAGGAGGAGGCGCUGGCGCCGCGGGACGAGCAGCGGCGCUGGGAGGAGCAGCUGCUGGGGGCGGCCGCGCUGCGCUUCGGGGCCCGCGACGCCGCCCGCGCCCGGCCCGGCCCCGACUACCAGCUGCUGCUGGAGGAGGACGAGAUGGUGCAGUUCGUCAGCGCUGCUCAGCUGGAGGGCACCGACCCCCAAAAGGAUGUCCCCGAGGCCGUCCCCGAGGCCGAGCGGCGCCGGCAGUCGCUGCAGGACGGCCGCCGGGCGCUGCCCAUCUUCCCCUUCCGCGACGAGCUGGUGGCGGCCGUGGCCCAGCACCAGGUGCUGGUGAUCGAGGGCGAGACGGGCUCGGGGAAAACCACCCAGAUCCCCCAGUACCUGCACGAGGAGGGCUACACGCGGGGGGGGCUGAAGAUCGGGGUGACGCAGCCGCGGCGCGUGGCCGCCAUGAGCGUGGCCGCCAGGGUGGCCGUGGAGAUGGGGACAAAGCUGGGCAACGAGGUGGGGUACAGCAUCCGCUUCGAGGACUGCACGUCGGAGCGCACGGUGCUCAAGUACAUGACGGACGGCAUGCUGCUGAGGGAGUUCCUGACCGAGCCCGACCUGGCCUCCUACAGCGUGAUCAUGGUGGACGAGGCGCACGAGCGCACGCUGCACACGGACGUGCUCUUCGGCCUCAUCAAGGACAUCGCGCGCUUCCGGCCGCAGCUGAAGGUGCUGGUGGCCUCGGCCACGCUGGACACCGAGCGCUUCUCGGCCUUCUUCGACCACGCGCCCGUCUUCCGCAUCCCGGGGCGGCGCUUCCCCGUGGACAUCUACUACACCAAGGCGCCUGAGGCCGAUUACCUGGAGGCCUGCGUGGUGUCGGUGCUGCAGAUCCACGUCACCCAACCCCCCGGGGACAUCCUGGUGUUCCUCACCGGGCAGGAGGAGAUCGAGGCCUGCGUGGAGCUGCUGCAGGAGCGCUGCCGCCGCCUGGGCUCGCGCCUGCCCGAGCUGCUGGUGCUGCCCAUCUACGCCAACCUGCCCUCCGAGCUGCAGGCCCGCAUCUUCCAGCCCACGCCCCCCGGCGCCAGGAAGGUGGUGGUGGCCACCAACAUCGCCGAGACCUCGGUGACCAUCGACGGCAUCGUCUACGUGCUGGACCCCGGCUUCUGCAAGCAGAAGAGCUACAGCGCCCGCACGGGCAUGGAGUCGCUGGUGGUGACGCCCUGCUCCAAGGCCUCUGCCAACCAGCGCGCGGGCCGCGCGGGCCGCGUGGCGCCCGGGAAGUGCUUCCGGCUCUACACGGCCUGGGCGUUCCAGCACGAGCUGGAGGAGACGGCGGUGCCCGAGAUCCAGAGAGCCGACCUGGGCGCGCUGGUGCUGCUGCUCAAGAGCCUGGGCAUCAACGACCUGAUCCACUUCGACUUCCUGGACCCUCCCCCCCACGAGACGCUGGUGCUGGCGCUGGAGCAGCUCUACGCGCUGGGGGCGCUGAACCACCUGGGGGAGCUGACCACGCUGGGCCGGCGCAUGGCGGAGCUGCCGGUGGAGCCGAUGCUGGCCAAGAUGAUCCUGGCGAGCGAGCAGUACGGCUGCACGGAGGAGGUGCUGACGGUGGCCGCCAUGUCCCCAGAGUCCCCUCAGUGUCCCCAGUGUCCCCUGAGUGUCCCCUGUGUCCCCUGCAGGUACGGCUGCACGGAGGAGGUGCUGACGGUGGCCGCCAUGCUGUCGGUGAACAACGCCGUGUUCUACCGGCCCAAGGACAAGGUGCUGCACGCCGACAGCGCCCGCGUGGCCUUCAGCGUGCCCGGCGGCGACCACCUGGUGCUGCUCAACGUCUACAACCAGUGGGUGGCCAGCGGGCACUCCCUGCAGUGGUGCUACGAGCACUUUGUGCAGGCGCGCUCCCUGCGCCGGGCGCGCGACGUGCGCGAGCAGCUGCAGGGGCUGAUGGAGCGCGUGGAGAUCGCGCCGUCCUCCUGCGGGGGCAACCUGGACCUGGUGCGCAAGGCCAUCACGGCCGGGUUCUUCUACCACACGGCGCGGCUGGCGCGCGGCGGGUACCGCACGGUGAAGCACCAGCAGCCCGUGUUCAUCCACCCCAACAGCGCCCUGUUCGCCCUGCAGCCCCGCUGGGUGCUCUACCACGAGCUGGUGUGCACCUCCAAGGAGUUCAUGAGACAGGUGAUCGAGAUCGACAGCGCCUGGCUGCUGGAGGUGGCCCCCCACUAUUACCAGGCCAAGGAGCUCGAGGACGGCAGCAGCCGCAAGAUGCCCAAGAAAGCCGGGAAAUCACGGGAGGAGCUGGGCUGACCCCGGGGACACCUGGGGGACACCUGGGG